GAUCUAAAUAUACAGGAAAAAAGGAUUUUUCUAAACUGCAUCCAUUGAAAGGUUAAUAAUGUUAGAAUCUAGAUCUACGUCUAUAUUCUUGUAUCAGGCAAAGAGAAACGUUAUAUCCCUACCCUAGCGCUAGAUCUAAACUUGAAUUUAGACUUGUUCUAGGUCUAUAGUUUCUGGAUCAGACAAUGGACUUAAGGAGCAUUCCUAAUUGAUUUCAAGUACACAGAUGUCUACAGUACAUGUCUAUUUGCUGUGCUGCCUCUUCGUGGCCUCUUACGGUUCUGGACAAAUGGGCAGAUACUUCAUCUUUCAAGUUCCUUACCUGAACAAAGUCUCACUCUCUGUACAACUGUACACGUCCUCAGCAGUGCCUGGCAGGAUUCUCCUCUUUGUGUCCCGCUUUCCCCGCAAAGAAGUGUGUAAUGUAACUGUGACGAGAUCUCAACCAAACUAUUGUCAAAUCAAACAAACUCACAGGCAAAACUACACUUAUCCUAUCUGGACCUUCGUGUUGGAGAGUUCGGCUAACUUCGGUGCCACUGUUUCAAUCUUGUCAUCAGGCCUCGUCCUGGACAUAAUGUUGCUGUUUCCGGUGUCUCGGUUCGGCCACAACUACUACGUCAUUACCCCAGCUGGGAAACCAUCCUUCAUCAUAGUCGCAAGCUACAACAACACGUCCGUCUCUGUCAGAUUGGUCAACGCAGGACUUGCUUCGCAACCAAUUCUAGCUAACGGACGAAAUUACACAAAUAACGACCUGAUGGACCUACUUCUGAACAGCGAACAAGGAUUUAUGAUACAACGCUGUAACCAUCACGGCAGUGAAGACUUUACAGGGACGUCAGUAUACGGGGUGAAGCCUAUUGGUUUAAUAUCUGGAGCUUGUGGUGCGAAACAGAACUGUUCAACGCAAGUUUAUAUGAAAAUGUUGGAACCUGAUAACCAAUAUGGCAUGGAGUUUAUCAUAGUCAACUUAUCUAAUCAGGAUAUAGAGGUCAUCGUCAUGACAACGGUGCAAUCAACUCGAUUAAAUCUGACUUUGCAAGAGCAAACAUUAAGCUUGGUAGUAAAAGAAUCAGGCCGUAUAUCCAAAGUGAACAUGACGCAGGGGGACAGUGGCUUCAUGCUGAGUGAUAGACCAAUCAUAUGCUACCUUUUGUACGUACAAUCCUGUCGUCACAAGGAUACUGCGCUUUAUCCCUGGCUGACAACAGUCCAGCCCAACGCUUUAUUUCAUGACACCUAUAUCUGGACAAUCAGAGAUGACAAAGAGAUUUCUGGCUGGUUCCAUAACUUCGUGACAUUCAUUAUACAGACAGAUCAUGCUGACCAACUCACUUUGGAUGGCCGAGUUCUUUCGUCUAGCACCGUGUGGAGCUACGUAGGGCGGUCCAAGAAGUGGACAAACACCAAGCUCUCCCAUGUCAGCAACGGAACUCAUGAAGCCCGGACUGUCCGAGGGGCGCUAUUUGCUUGCUACGUUAGCACAGUCCAUAACAGGGAGCACCUGGUCCAGGGGCUCAGUUUAAAAGCGGAAUGGAGCACUUGGGAUGACUGGGAAUGUCAGCAGCGUUGUGGACCGAGCAAGUUUGUCAGAACAAGAUCGUGCGAGAGUGACAUCGACCUCUACAUGACCGGGACAUUGUGUCCAGGCAACAGCACCGAUACAAAACCUGGAAACUGUAUUGUCCAUUCCAUUUGCCCCCAAGACUGUCCCAACGGAACGUUUGGUAUGGAUUGUCUUGGAAACUGCCGCCAUUGUAUCAAUGGGUGUAACAAGUAUAACGGAUCUUGUGAGAGGUGUCUGCCAGGGUGGCAAGGGGAUAAAUACGGAUGUAAUGUUCAGUGUCCGAAAUGGACGUACGGGUUCUCGUGCGAAGGUCUGUGUGAAACAAAGUGUGCUGGACUUGACUGUUUAGAGCGUGAGUUGGGAACAUGUCCAGAAACCACGUCUGUUCUACCAAUACUGGUCUUCAUGACACUCAUCCCGUACAUAAUUUUUGUGAUUUUCUUCUUUUCCAGGCCUAAAUCAAGGAAACGAUUGAAGAAUAAGAAGACACACAGACAAGGGAAACAACUCCCAAAGACGGCUAAACAAAUCAGGAAACAUUUUACAGAUAGCAGUGUUUGAUUAUAGCCUUGAACUUUCUCAGAGCGCCAGUCAUAUGUGAUGGAAGGGGGGAAAAGCCCAGGAAGCUGUUAACAUUCAGCAGCGAAUCUAAAAAAAGAGCAAUCAUCUAGUAAUAAUAUAAUCAGAAUUGAGUUUCAUAAUUUACUCUGGAUACAUUUGAACAGUGCCGGAUUUAGGAUUGAUAAGACCCUAUACAAUUUGAGAUAUGGGGCCCCGCCCCCUUGUAAUAAACAUAAGGUUGCUUUUUUCUUCAAAACAAUAUUUGGUAUCGCCAGGCAUGUCGGGGCCUUAAGCUAUAGCUUUUGUUUCGUAUAGGCUAAUCCAGUACUGUCCGUGAACACUGUUGGUAGAUAUUCUUUAACAUUAAGUAACAACGUUAAAAUACAUUGGAUACUAUAAAUAUAUAGGCCUAUGUGUGUGUGUAUAUACUCAUGCAUUUUCGGUACGUGACUAGACCUACAUUCUUCUCCUGCUUCCAAUAUUAACACCAAUUAGUAUUUGUGAACUAAAAAAUAAGAGACAUUUGCCCCCCUGAGGCAGUUGGCUAUUAAAUGUAUGUCAUCGUAACUAUUUUUUUCUCUUUACAAAUAAUCAGGUUUUUUUAAUUAAAUGGUAGCGGCUAAUGUCAGAAUCUUGACAAGUAAUGUCAGAACAUAAUUAUAUGUAAUUGUAUAAUUAUAUUAUGCUUUUGUUGUUGUUGUUCAUUUCGUUUUUUUUUAAGCGUGAAUUUAAAAAUAUCACAUAGAUCUAAAUCCUGCAUGAGCACUUGAGCAGUCAUUUUGAAAAUAGGUCAGUUUUUUUUGUGUUUUUUUUUCGCAAGAGAACAGCCUAUAGAGUUUAUUAUACAAAUAAUCUAAUUUUAUUUUAUAUAAAUUAUAGCGCUGUUAAAAAGUCCGUGCACGGAGCUACGAAAAAAAUCAUACCCAGGGCUCCACUUGACUUAAAUCCGGCUCUGUCUACAUUCCAGGAGUAGCAAUGGCACAAUCUUAAAGAGUGUGACAGAUGAAAUUAUAAUGGGAAAUAUUCUCCAAUGGUCCUCGAUCUAAGAUCACGGCCGGUCUUAGGUAAUUGGAGGCCCAAGGCGAAGCGAAUAUAGUGGCCCCAAAUGAAAUAGAAAGCAAAGAAGACUGAAAAAUACGCUAUACCGUCCUUUACCUAUAUAUAAACAAUGGUCUUCUAUUAUCCUGUAGUCUAAUAAGUAAAUCUAAACAAUUGUCUUCUAAAAUCCUGUAGUCUAAUAAGUAGAUCUAAACAUAUUUGUCUUCUAAAAUUCUGUAUAACAAGUAGAUAUAAACAAAGGUCUUCUAACAUCCUGUAAACUAACAAGUAGAUCUAAACAAAGGUCUUCUAACAUCCUGUAGUCUUCUAGCAAGUAGAUCUAAACAAAGGUCUUCUAACAUCCUGUAGUCUUCUAACAAGUAGAUCUAAACAAUGGUCUUCUAACAUCCUGUAGUCUAAUAAGUAGAUCGAAUCUAAGCAUUGGUGGAAAACAUUGGAUCAUAGUAGAGACUUAAAGCUUAGACUAGUAGACACAGAGAGACAUAGGGUUCUGCUGCGUUUGAAAUUGGAUCCAUGUUUCGCAUUUUUUUUUUUUUAAUAUUUGAGCCCUGGGCGAGGCCCCUACCAAUCAGAGACCCUAUGUGGCUGCCUAGUUUGACUAUGCCUAAGGCCGGCCCUGCUAGGAUUGUUCUUGUUUUGUAUUGUUUGGUUAUUGUACUAAGUACACGAGAUUAAACAUUUUUAAUUCAAAUAUACUUUAAAUUUGGUUUAAUCAUUGUCCUACAUUUUGUGCUGAACUUCAAUUUCUAAAAUAAACAUUGAACAGUU